AUGAACAUUUCGGACGAGGAAUACGAGGAGUUAGAAUCGUAUUUCCAACUCAAACUUAAGGAUAAAGAGGAGCAACUUCGUCACGCGCUCCAAAUGCGGUGCGAAGCGGAAGAGAAGGCUUUUUUUGCGGUUUCAAAAGUGGACGAGAUUAGGGGAAAUUGUAAAUUAGAAAUCGAGAAAUGGCGAGAGAAAGCAGAACGCGCGUUUAUGAUUACCGACGAUAUCGACCACGCGAAGUGGAAGGAAGCUUUGAUAAAGUUUGAUUUGAUCGAUAUUGAUAGUGAGGAUGAUGAUGAUACGAAUAAUAAGAAGAAGAGAGGGAGUAAUGCUACAAAGUUUAAUUUGAAUUCGAUGGAGUCUCUGGCGGAGUUCAGGUUUGAGUUUCAGUCGAACGUUUUACUGUUGAAGAAGACGAAAGAGGAAUAUUUGCGGAUGGAAAAGACGCUUUCAGCAAUGGAACAAGAAAAUAGAAAGUUAUUCUUAAAACUGAAAGACACGAACGCUCUGUUGAAAUCUGUGCGAGAGGAAGACUUAUCGGACGCGACGAAACGGAACGAAGCGUUACGACGAGAAAAUUUAACCGUAUCGCAAGAGUUGGCAAACGCGAGCGCGAGUUUGAGCGAAACGAAAGCGGAGAUGAUGAAAUGGAAACGGACGGCGGAGAUGUUGAUGAAAGAGGAAGAAAUAGUGAAAGCAGAUAUAUUCGACGACGAGAACGAGGAAGGGAAUGGUAUUACAUUUGGUGGGAAGCAAUUGAGGAUGCGCAAAAUGGAAUUGAGUUUAGAGAAGGCGUUGGUCGCCAAGGAAGAGUUGGAGAAAAAAGUGAAACGGUUAGAAAGUGAAGUUCGAAAGGAAGAGGAAGAGAAGGAGAGGGCGUUGAGAAAGGAAGAAAUCGCGAGCGCGGCGUUAGCGGCGUGUUCGGUACCUUUUCCUCCUUCUUCUUCUUCUAAAACGACGAAGACGACGCAAACAUCGGCGGAAGCGAAACAUGUCGUUAAGCUUUCGGCGGCGUCUCACAUCGCCGAGCUCGAGAAGAAGAUUGAACAAUUGGAACUUCGAAACGAAAUUCUGACCGAAACGCUCGAGAAGAGCGAGUACGAGUACGCAAGAGAACUCGCUUUGAUUCAAUCGGAGCACGAACGAAUGCUCGCAGUAGUUUCGAGAGAGCAUUUGGUUUGA